AUGGAAUAUCAGGGAUUUUAUAAUUUACCUUCCCCUUUAUGUCCUGAGUUUAAAGAAAUGGCUUUAGAUAUCUAUAUGAAUCAAAAAUAUUUAUUAUAUAAUUUGAAUCAAAAUAAUAUUAACAGAGAAGAAAUUGGCUCAUCACAAGAUAUAUUUAAAUGUCAAAAUGAUCAAUCUAAUGAAAAUAAAAUUAAAAUUAAUUGUGAAGAAUCACCUCCUCAAAAAAGAUAUUGGACUGAUGUUGAAUGUAUUGCUUUUGAAAAAGCAAUAAAAUAUUUUGGCUAUACAACAGCAAGAGGAAUAAACACUUUUCUUAUUUCUGCAUUUGUUGGAACUCGUACACCUACUCAAGUUCGUUCUCAUGCACAAAAAUAUUUUAUGAAAGAAAAACCUUUUGAUGUAGAACUUAAACUUUCAGAAAAAGAUAUUGAAAAACUUGAAUUUAUUCAAAAAAGAAAUUACCUUAGAACCAAUUGUUCUAGGAUUGACAUUAGUUAA